GCUUUUUUCAACUCUGUUGCAGUCGGUAGGCGGUGUGUUUUCUACAUCUGUCUCUGACGAUUGAGUUAAACGAUACGGGGAUACGAGAAUACGCGGAAAGGUCGUUUGAAUACACGGACGCGUAUAGCAAGAGACAUUGCUAUGAUAUCCUUUACAAAGCUCGGACUGACAAUGCUUAAAUCUCGCACUCCUUUUGCCUCCAUUGCCACUUUCGAGUCGCUGUAAAGUUCAGUACAAGUAUCAGGGUCACGCAGAUGGUGGGAAUAAAACCUGGUUGACUCUUUCUCCCAUCUUCUCUUAUAGCAACAUACGAUCGAUCGCCCCUCGAAUUCUGCACACAAAUCUCUCAAUCGACAAUGGUCACUCAAUUUGAAGAAGCCAAUGGGGCAGAGAGACCUGCAGAUCUCAGCGAGAAAUCAAACCAUGAGGAGCGCUCGGAGGUCUCUCAAGAACACCCACCUUCGUACGAAGAGUCUGAGAGAGCUGAUUCCGAAACCGAGACGCACUUCGAUGUAACUCAUGCAGCAACGGCAUCGACAUCCAUAUGUCCACUAGCAUGUUGCAACAACCAUCUUCAGACAUCAGGGUCCACAGCAGAUAACUCCGAUACAAUUCACCAGCCUUUCGACUCCGAGUUCUGCAGUACACCUAUCGAAGCAUUUCUCGAAUCCCCCUCUAGUCGUUCCAACCCCUUCCUCAAUACCGCGAUCGCUGUUACCAAUGCCAUCAACAACAUACCUUGCCUCUACGGAGACACUCACGUGACACCACCUCCCCAAAUCACUGGCAUUACAUCCGGACUCAAACAAGGAACCAAAGCUCUUGCGUAUGGCUUUGGCAGUGGCUUUACAGGUAUAGUUACCCAAGCUCUUCGUGACGGAAGAAAGGACGGAGUUGUUGGGUUCGCGAAGGGGUUAAUACGGGGCUCCUUGGGCGUGGUGGUUAAGCCUACUAUAGCAGCCGUUUCCUUUGUGGGCUGCACUACCAGGGGCUUUUAUCACGAGUUCGAGACGAAAAAUGGAAAACCGAGAGAAGGGCGUUACGAUAUUGGACUCUCUGCGUCUUCUGGAACUCUGGGAGCAUCGCAUGACGAGAGUGGAUCUUUCUUGGCUCCAAAGCAAGACACGUCCAGUCUACGCCGGCUGGGGCCCGGCAACAAGCACUCAGACACUCGUUCGAGGCUUUUUGUCGACGAGCUUGCAGUUGACAAGGAGUCCUCACAUCGUGCUUCGACUGCGUCCAGUCUUCCGGGCAGAUUCAUCCGUGAUAGUGUGGCUCAGAUGACGGAUCAGAGAUAUUCUGGAGUGAUUGAGCAGGGUUUGAUGGCAGUGGGUAUGAUAGGCUCGCGACAGAUAACAGUCGAACGACCGGACAGGAAAGGAUCGAACUAGAUGUGGUUGUGGGUGGGGUAGAGGGUAGUGUCAGAUCAUGAGGUCAAUAUACCACUGAA